AAUACAUGAAACCUCACUUUGUAUCUGAUAAUUGUUUACAUGAACUAUGUGGAAAGUCUUGAUUCUUUGUGACUAAUAUGUGUAAUCAGUGAACUUUCGCCCUAAGUCGAAACAAAACUGCAUUGUUCAAGUAUGGCUCCUGAAACAUCGUUGGUAAUGAGCUGGACGACAGAAGACACAAAAGUGUGUUUAAGAAAAGAAGGUUUUGAUGAAAACUCGAUAAAAAUUCUUUGUGAUGAUAAUAGAUUGGAUGGUAAAUGUUUGCUUGUUUUAAACGAGAGUGAUUUCACAACAGAACCUAUCUGCAAACUCAAUUUGAAAGACAGAAAAUGUCUUUAUAUACUGUGCAAAAUAUUACAAAGAGAAAAUCAGAAUACUCUUGCAGAACUUGGAAUCAUAGACACUCAAAGUGCAAAUUUAUACACCUCGCAUGCCCAAUACAGCAAAGUGGAGAGUGAAAUCUGUGAAUCGGAAAGAAUUUCGCCUCCUAUUUCGGAAGAUGGCAGACCGCGGUAUCCUGCAGAAAAGAGGAAAGCAUUUCUUAGUUUUUUAUAUGUUGUAGGAGUUACGUGGAUAACAGCUUUUGUUAUGGUCAUUGUACACGAUAGAGUACCAGAUAUGAAAAAGUAUCCCCCACUGCCUGAUAUUUUUUUAGACAAUGUACCACACAUAGCAUGGGCUUUUGAUAUGUGUGAAGUCACUGGUACUUUCAUGUUUACAAUGUGGCUAAUAGUACUUCUCUUCCAUAAACACAGAUUUAUUCUACUCAGACGAUUCUUUGCUCUCUCUGGUACUGUCUUUCUCUUACGAUGUGUUACAAUGCUCAUUACAUCACUAAGUGUUCCUGGCACUCAUCUCCAGUGCCACCCUAGAAAUUAUCCUACGCAAGGAAACUCAGCUUUUGCUGAUUUGGCAAAAAAGUUUUCGCAGGCUUAUGUAAUUUGGAGAGGAGCUGGCAUGUCCAUUCAAGGCGUUCGCACUUGCGGAGAUUACAUGUUUAGCGGACAUACAGUUGCAUUAACCAUGUUCAAUUUUUUCAUCACAGAAUAUACUCCUAGACAUAUCUAUUACUUACAUACGCUCUCUUGGAUGAUGAACAUGUUCGGAAUAUUCUUCAUUCUUGCAGCACAUGAACACUACUCGAUAGACGUCUUCGUAGCUUUCUACAUCAGCAGUCGUUUGUUUCUCUACUAUCAUACCCUUUCCAACAAUCAGGCGCUCAUGCAGAGGGACUCGACUCGAACGAGAGUGUGGUUUCCUCUGUUUUCUUACUUCGAGUCCAGCGUCGAAGGAAUAGUACCCAACGAAUACGAAACUCCAAGCGAGAUUGCAGCCAGUGUAUGCUCUUGUCUCAGAAGUUUAAUGAAUGAUCUUCGUACAUAUCUGAAUUUUGCAGCAAAGAGUAGUACUGCUACAAAUCAGGUGAUAGAAUCUGUCAGUAGAACUAUUGUGGAAAACUCAAAAAACAAGUAGUGUUCAGAUAUGUCUUGUUGAAUUUCUGAUGGUGUUAUUCCAAGUACUGAUUUUGUAUGCUGUCUGUUGCUCAAAGUUUAUAUUUUCAAAAGUACUGGAAAUUAAGUUGUUACCAGUUGUAGUUUGUUUUUUUCUAAUGCAUAACGACAGAGGCUGUAAUCGUGAGUAACUUUCCUAAUUUCUUUAUAUUUUUAUGGGAUUUCCAAGUUUCUUCUGCCAUGAAUUCAUUAUGGCAGAUUGUAAACUGUACAUCGCUUGGUGGGAAAUGUUUCAAUGAUUGCUACUUAUGUCAUAGAUCAAAUACAUUAUCCAAGUCAGGACAUCAAAAAUAUAGUGCCAGCUUGAAAUAUUUCUUCACAAAUAUCACUUGUUUGGGUGUCGAUUAUGUCUUUUCCUUUUGUGUAUAAUCAGACCUCUGUUUAAACCGAGUAAUCUCAACAAAAAGAAGAAAUGUUACAAAUUCACAAAACUUUUUUUAAUGUAUUCAGAAAUCAGUAGCACAACACUCAUAAUAAAUUAUCACAUUUCAGUUUCACUUCUUGCUACCAUUAUUAGUAUUAUUCGAAUAUAAAUCCAAAAGUGGCAUUACCAAAGACUUAUUGCUUCUCUU